AUGGCGAAUCUUGGAUCAGCACUCGGUUGGCCUUGGCAGACUUGUACCGAGUUGGUGAUUGCGAUGUGCUCUGAAGGACCACCGAAUGACUUCUUCUCGGAUGAUUGUAAAGCAUAUGGUGGUCCGGUGAAUAGUCAGUACAUGUUCUGCAAUGGUGAAUUCGGGUUAAUGGGAUGGUACGAUGGAUUCCUCCAUCCAGAUUCAGUAAAAAUUGAAUAUGGUUUCAAUUUUGCUGCUGCGAGCAAUAUUGUGUUCACGUACGUUACUGGCGCUCGACUACAGUUGCAUUAUCACUAA